GCAGACAGAGCGUCGUGCCAGGAAGCUUCCGGCCAUCCAGAGGAGUUCUCUGAAGGAAAAGGAAGAGGAAGAGAAAGUAAUUCCUCAGGUGACUCCCAGGAUGGUAGACUUUAUUGCCAAAGCUAUUGAGCAGAGGAAAGAGAAUAAGUGCUUGAAGAUUAAGGAGACGCUUCCAAAACACAUUCAGAAUUUCUUGGCUGAGGAGGAAAAUAAGAACAAAUUGCUGCAGGAGGAGAAAAAGAAACAACCCAAGCAGCGAAGCCCAGCCGUAACCAAAGCAAAAGUCAAGAGAGAAGUGGAGAUGCCAACAACCGAGGAAUCCUGUUCCUCUGAGGAGGGAACUCCCAGCACUCUGUCUGAGAGCGACUUGGGGCAGUCCAGCCCCGACCUCAUGGAGAGGAUGAUGGGGGAGUGGGACGAGGACGGAGAAGAGCCACCCAGAACUCAGCAGGACAGCCCUGUGCCCCCUAGGCGGAGUCUUUCUCCACGGACACAUGGGACCCUAAGGGAGGUGGUGACGUGCAUCAUGGGGCAGGUGGCCCGUAAGCGAAGGGGAGAGAGAGAUGCGGAGAGGGAUCUGCAGGAGCAGCUCAAGUGUGAGCUGGCAGUGCUGCGGUGGAGUCGGUCGGCAAAAGAGGCACAGAGCUUCCAACAGCUUUGGCAAGUGGGUCACCAGCCUGCACCCCCUGCUGGGCCAAGGCAGAGCAAGUCAAGACGGGUGCGAAGAGUAGUGCCAAUGCAUGUCAGCAAGGGACCGGAGAGGCCGUCCGGCACACAGAAGGGUCCAGAUGGAGACAUCCAGCAAGGGCCCUCCCUGCAGCACGAAUGGGACCAGCGUUGCCCAUCCAGGCUAUUAAUGCCAACACCUCCUUCCAUUCAAUAAAGCCCUGUCUCCAAA